AUACUGGGAUUGGGGAGACAGGGCAAAGAUUUCACCCCUCAGCUCAGUCCUUAAUCCCUGAUUCGUUUUUUUCCUAACAAGAGAACACCCUUUUUGCCACUCCCUGGUUUUCUUUCUCUGGCAGCAAAUGAAGCAGCUGCUGAGCCAGCUCUGGUUUUCGGGAAAUCAGAUGACCUUUUCCCUCUGCCCGGCUCUCUGCCUCUCCCUGCCCCUAUGGUGGACACCAUGGACCCACUGAUGGCUUUUCUUUCCCUGCUGGCCCUGUACCCAGGCUUGGCUGCCGCCACUCCCUCCUGUCCUCAGAAUGUGAAUAUCUCUGGUGGCUCUUUCACCCUCAGCAACGGCUGGGCCCCUGGGAGUGUCCUCACCUACUCCUGCCCCCUGGGCCGUUAUGCAUACCCAGCAGCAACACGGCUGUGCAAGAGCAACGGACAGUGGCAGACUCCAAGAUCCACCCGGCAGACAAAGGCGGUCUGCAAACCCGUUCGCUGUCCAGCCCCUGUUACCUUUGAGAAUGGCAUGUACACCCCACGGCUGGGGUCAUAUCCUGUGGGCGGCAACCUGAGCUUCGAGUGUGAGGAUGGUUUCACGCUGCGGGGCUCACCUGUGCGGCAGUGUCGCCCCAAUGGCAUGUGGGAUGGGGAGACAGCCGUUUGCGACAACGGUGCUGGUUACUGCCCCAACCCGGGCAUUUCAGUAGGUGUGGUGCGGACAGGGUCCUGCUUCGACCUUGGGGACAAGGUCAGGUACCGCUGCUCAUCGAAUCUGGUGCUGACCGGGUCUUCGGAACGGGAGUGCCAGGAUGAUGGGGUCUGGAGUGGGACAGAGCCCAUCUGCCGCCAGCCCUACUCUUACGACUUUCCUGAGGACGUGGCCCCCGCCCUGGGUACUUCCUUGUCCCACCUGCUUGGAGCUACCAAUCCCACCCAGAAGAAGAAGGAAAAUGUGGGCCGCAAGAUCCAAAUCCAGCGCUCGGGUCACCUGAACCUCUACCUGCUCCUGGAUGCCUCUCAGAGUGUGUCGGAAAAAGAUUUUGGCAUCUUCAAGAACAGCGCCAUCCUCAUGGUGGACAGGAUCUUCAGCUUUGAGAUCAAUGUUAGCGUCGCCAUUAUCACCUUUGCAUCAAGGCCCCGAAUCGUCAUGUCUGUUCUGCACCACAACUCCCGGGAUGUGAUGGAAGUGAUCAACAGUCUGGACAACAUCCACUACAAAGAUCAUGAAAAUGGAACUGGGACCAACACCUAUGAGGCCCUAAAUAGUGUCUAUAUCAUGAUGAAUAACCAAAUGCAACGCCUGGGUAUGAACACAGUGGCCUGGCAGGAAAUCCGACAUGCUGUCAUCCUUCUGACAGAUGGAAAGUCCAACAUGGGUGGCUCUCCCAAGCUGGCUGUGGACAAUAUCAAAGAGCUCUUGAACAUCAAGCAGAAGAGGAAUGACUAUCUGGACAUCUAUGCCAUUGGGGUGGGCAACCUGGAUGUGGACUGGAGAGAAUUGAAUGAGCUGGGGUCCAAGAAGGACGGCGAGAGGCAUGCCUUCAUUCUGAAGGACGCAGAGGCUCUGAGCCAGGUCUUUGAGCACAUGCUGGAUGUCUCUCAGCUCACAGACACCAUCUGUGGGGUGGGGAACAUGUCAGCCAAUGCCUCUGCCCAGGAGAGGACACCCUGGCAUGUUACUAUUAAGCCCAAGAGCCAGGAGACCUGCCGGGGGGCCCUCAUCUCUGACCAGUGGGUCCUGACAGCUGCUCACUGCUUCCGCCAAGCCGAGAACCAUACCCUGUGGAGGGUCAGUGUGGGGGAUCCCAAUGCCCAGUGGGGCAAAGACUUCCAGAUUGAGAAAGCAGUGAUCUCCUCGGGGUUCGAUGUCUUUGCCAAGAAGAAUCAGGGAAUCCCAGAGUUCUACGGUGAUGACAUCGCCCUGGUGAAGCUGGCCAAGAAAGUGAAGAUGUCCACUCACGCCAGGCCCAUCUGCCUUCCCUGCACGGUGGGGGCUAAUCUGGCUCUGCGGAGACCCCCAGGCAGCACCUGCCAAAACCAUGAGCAUGAACUUCUGAACCAACAGAGCAUUCCUGCUCAUUUUGUGGCCUUGAAUGGGAGCAAACUGAACAUAAACCUCAAGACAGGGACGGAGUGGACAAGCUGUAUCAACGCCGUCUCCCAAGACAAAACCACAUUCCCCAACUUGACAGAUGUUAGAGAGGUGGUGACAGACCAGUUUCUAUGCAGUGGGACUGGAAAGGAUGACAAUCCCUGCAAGGGAGAAUCUGGGGGAGCAGUUUUCCUUGAGCGGAGAUUCAGGUUUUUUCAGGUGGGCCUGGUGAGCUGGGGUCUCUACAACCCCUGUGGCAGAGAUGAUAAAAAAUCCCGCAAGAGGGCACCCACUGGCAGGGUCCCACCGCCACGAGAUUUCCACAUUAAUCUCUUCCGCCUGCAGCCCUGGCUGAGGCAGCACCUGGAGGGCGUACUGAACUUUUUGCCCCUCUAAUCAUGGCCACCAACCGUUUUGCUGUCCUGCCAGGACCUGCCAUCUGUCCUGUCUCCUACCUCUGAACUUCCACCCUCAGACCCCAUGGCCCUUUCUCACUCCUAGCUCUGAGUAAAUCCCAGCCUCCAGGAUCCUGAAGCAGCACAUUCAAGCUGGGAAAUCCCCAGCGCUCCUGCCGGCGCCCCUCCCACCCUCUACUUUACUUGGCUCACUCUCCUUUCACUUUCACGUGGAAUUUCCAAUUAUGAAAUUAAUAAAAGUCAGUGAUUUUCA